AUGGCGGGGUUCAGAAGGGAUGCCAUGAUCUCCUCCGCCGUAAAGAACACCUCUGCUCUGACUGUACCUCCACCCAAAACCAUUGCAAAAAGUCCAGUGCUCUCCUGCCGUGCCGAAGCCUCGCCACCACCAAGCAUGCUCGAUGAUCUCGACCCCUUCCAAGUGCAACUGUUGAAGGAAGAGUGCAUCUUGGUCGAUGAAAACGACAAGGCCGUCGGUUCGGGCAGCAAAAAGGACUGUCAUCUCAUGUCCAACAUCAAUAAAGGUUGGUUACAUCGGGCGUUCUCUGUGUUCCUGUUCAACUCGAAGGGCGAGUUGCUGAUACAGCAAAGGUCUGACGCAAAAAUCACAUUCCCCGGGCAGUACACGAACUCUUGCUGUUCACAUCCCUUGGCAGUGCCUUCGGAGCACACGGAGGAUCCUGUCUUGGGGGUCAAAAGAGCUGCCCAGAGAAGGAUAUUCGCAGAACUUGGCAUUCCGGCCGAUGAGCUACCCCUCGAAUGCUUCCAAUACAUUACUCGAAUCAAAUAUAUCGCUGCAUCGGACGGGAUGUGGGGCGAACACGAAGUGGACUACAUCCUGUUCGUGAAGAAGGACAUCAAGGUUAUGAAGCCGGAUCCCAACGAAAUCAAGUCGAUCCGCUAUCUGAAGAGAGAAGACUUGAAGAACUUCGCCAAUGAAAUCGAAAACCGCGGCGAAAAGCUGACACCGUGGUUCAAACUGAUCAUGAAUACCUUCCUGGAGGAAUGGUGGAGCAACCUGGAUAAUCUGAAGAAAUUCGAGUCCCAUGAUAAGAUCCACAAGCUAAAUUAG